AAGCCGGGACGCGAGGCACUACGCCCGCGGCACUGUCCUGUCCUGUCUUUUAUUUUAAUCUCAUUUUGAAAAAUAUCUUGCUGUUUACUUCAUAAACAUGCAUCUACUAACAAGCCCGAAGAUAACUUUAACUGAAGAUUAAGGGAAGAGAUGUUUUCCAUUUAUUUUUCUGGUCUGUUAUUUCCUGCCCUUGGCAGGAGUUUUCUUCACUGGGACUUGUUCAAACACCGGCGCUGAUGGAUUUUGAUGUAGCUUUAGGGGUUGCCAUUUUGAGUGCUGCCAGCUCUGCUUAGGCCUCCGCUUCCUCUGCCUCUAGACCGCCUAGAUGAGACCUUUGCAUGCUGUUUUUUUGGAAGAAGAGGUCAAAGAAAAUGGAUAGUUAUUCAGACUUCAAUGCAAAGAACCUGUCAUCUUCAGCUAAUAUGUCCAUUUCUUUGCCUGGGCAAAUUGGACUCAAUACCACCAGUAGUCCUCCGUCUAUGUCAAUAAGCAGGCUUUUCCCAGCACUCUUAGAAUGCUUCGGAAUAAUUCUCUGUGGGUACAUAGCUGGAAGAGCCAACAUUAUCACAUCGACUCAGGCCAAAGGACUGGGAAAUUUUGUCUCCCGUUUUGCACUCCCAGCUCUGCUGUUCAAAAACAUGGUGGUACUUAACUUUUCUGAUGUGAAUUGGUCUUUUCUGUACAGUAUAUUAGUUGCCAAAGCUUCUGUAUUUAUCUUAGUCUGCAUUUUAACAUUGUUGGUGGCCAGUCCUGAGAAUCGAUUUAGCAAAGCAGGUUUGUUUCCAAUUUUUGCUACACAAAGCAAUGACUUUGCACUGGGAUAUCCAAUAGUUGAAGCUUUAUAUCAAACCACUUACCCAGAAUAUCUCCAGUACAUUUACCUAGUGGCUCCAAUAUCUCUUAUGAUGUUAAACCCCCUUGGGUUUAUCUUCUGUGAAAUCCAGAAGUGGAGGGAUAAUCGCACUCUGUCGCACAGCAAAAUGAAAAUAGUGGGCCUAGCGCUCCUUCGAGUUUUGCAGAACCCAAUUGUAUUCAUGGUCUUCAUAGGAAUUGCCUCAAACUUUAUUCUUGGCCAGAAGAUUCCAGAAUAUCUUGAAAACUUCCUCGAUGGACUAGGCAGUUCAUUUUCUGGCUCUGCCCUUUUUUAUCUUGGACUAACUAUGGUGGGACAGACAAAAAAAGUGACAAAGAAUAUGUUUGUUGCACUGAUCCUUCUCAUCACAGCUAAACUACUUCUGAUGCCAUUUCUCUGUAGAGAAAUGGUGGAACUCUUGGACAAGAAUGACGACGUAGUCAAUCAUACCAGUUUAUCAAACUAUGCAUUUCUUUAUGGAGUCUUUCCAGCAGCACCUGGCGUGGCGAUCUUUGCAACUCAAUUCAACAUGGAAGUAGGAAUUAUUACCUCAGGCAUGGUGAUAAGCACUUUUGUAUCUGCCCCUAUCAUGUAUGUUUCUGCUUGGCUGUUGACCAUUCCAUCUAUGGACCCCAACCCGCUGGCUUCUGCACUCCAAAACGUUAGCUUUGACAUAAGUAUUGUCAGCCUCAUUUCCCUGAUCUGGUCUCUUAUUGUUAUUCUUCUGAGUAAGAAAUACAAACAGCUUCCUCAUAUGAUUACAACAAAUCUACUUGUUGCUCAGUUUAUUGCUUGCAUUGGAAUGGUGAUAUGGAAUUUCAUUGUUAAAGAGAAAGACAUCACCAUACAGAUCCUAGUAUUUAUAUUCCUGUACAGCUCACUUUAUAGCACCUACCUGUGGACAGGUUUUCUGUCUUUCUCUUUGUUCUUAUUGAAGAAGAGAGAAGCAGUAAAGAUUCCCAUAGGAUUCAUUAUCAUAGCUGGAUGGGGUAUCCCAACACUUCUGGUAGGAAUCUUGUUAAUAGUUGGUGAACGUAACAACAACAGCAUUGACUCUGCCUUUUUUUAUGGGAAACAUCAGAUAAUUACCACAGCUGUGAUCCUGUUUGUUAGCAUAUUGAUGUCAGGUAUCUCACUUAUGUGCAUGAGCAGAAACAGACAGGAGUCAAAUUAUGAGAUCUUGAACCCAUAUUCACCUCGUAGCCCAGUGGAGGAGGCUGAAGUGGAAGAGAGUGAGGGGAAUCAGGUAUCAACUACAGUGCCUCAGCCUUCUGCAGGGCCUUCUGCACAGCCUUCUGCAGGACCUUCUGCACAUCUGUUUGCAGAAAAAGGCUGUUGUUCUUGUCAAACAACAAAUGGUGAAUUAUCCUGUGCUAGAGAGAGCAAAACAGUGUCAAAUUCCAUUGAAAGCAAGAUUCCUCCAAUUGAGGCAGCUGAUCAGUGUGUGAGUCAGUGCAGUGCUCAAACUUGCAUAUUGGCACAGGAAGAACAGCUUCUACAGACUGGAGACAAACAGCUGGGCAGACAUGUGUUGCUGUGUUUACUUCUCGUUGUUGGCCUGUUUGCUAAUCUUUCCAGUUGCUUAUGGUGGCUGUUCAACCAAGAACCUGGAAGGCUCUAUGUGGAACUGCAAUUCUUUUGUGCAGUAUUUAAUUUUGGCCAGGGCUUUAUUUCCUUUGGUAUUUUUGGCUUAGAUAAACAUUUAAUCAUUCUGCCAUGCAAGCGAAGACUUGAAUUUCUCUGGGGAGGUAGAGAAGCAGCAGGGCAUACAGAUCCUUCUCUUCCUGAGGAAAUCAGGAUGACCUGUCAGCAGUUUGUUCGCUAUCACAGAGAUCACUGUGUCAGAAGCAUUGUCAGAGGCAGAAGGUGUAGUGCAAAGAUCUCCACUGGCAUCUUCUUCGGCUGUGACCUGGUAAACUGGCUCAUGCGAGUUGGCCUUGCCUCUGACCGUGGUGAAGCUGUGAUGUAUGGAGACAGACUGGUGAAAGGAGGCGUCGUGCAGCAUAUUACAAAUGAAUUUGAAUUUCGGGAUGAAUACUUGUAUUACCGCUUUAUUCAAAAGAGAUCUGCUGCAGUUGAGCGACAUUGAUCUGGGCACCUACGCAGAAGAUAGGCAGUUAGAGGAGACGGUUGUGUUCGCCCUUGUCUUGACCACUGAAACAGAAAGGAUUUCUUUCUCAGGGCCCUCGGAGAAUUGUGCAAUUCUCUCUUGGAAAGCGUAAGAAAUGUAGUUCUAUUUGUGUCUAUUCUGAAGAAAAUAGUAGCAAGUGGUAUUAUUACAGAGCAUUCAAAGCAGAAUGCAACUGUAACAAAACACAAUGCUCCAUAUUUAGAGGGGUUUUUUCUUUCCAUUUUGAGUGUAACGAAUAGUAAAACCAUGUGUUUCACUGUCAUAUUACAGACAUACUAUAACAGCAGAUUUAGUGACUGGUGCCACAAUGGGAAAAAAAAUGAAUGUUGGGAAUAUUUUAUGUUCUUCUAUGUUUUCAGUAUUUAUUUAGUGUGAUGAAAUCUUGAUCCCUAUUUAAGGUCAGCAUUUCCACUGACUUAAUAAAAGCAGGAGUUCUUCCAUCAUACCCACACUCUUACUACUUUGUACCCUUGUUCAACACCAGGAACUUUUCUCAGCUGUUUACAUCUCAGAUCAGGCAGUUUUUUUCUCUCUUAAAAAAAUCCUCCAUUCAUAAUGGCAUAAUUGUUGUGACGAUGAUUAUGAUGUCAGAAGAUUAAAGCUGAGGAAGUCUUAAAAACAUGUAAAAAUAAAACUCCCAAUUAGGAAGGAAUAUACUGGAGUUUAGCAUAAACAGUUGGUUUUGAAAUUUUGCCUUUUGGUGGUAGUAACAGCUUUGUAAAGAGUAGGUUUUGCCUUCUGAAAUUAGCUUCUCCAUUUUAAUCCAGAAGUGCCAGUCUCAAAUAGAGAAGUUAUGGAAGCCUUGGAUACCUGCACGAGUCAAGACCAAAAAUUUUAUCAAAUCAUAAAACCUUUUAAAAGUACUGCAAUGACUUUUAAAUCCAUUCUAUAAAGAAUCCUAACUGAACGUCUGGAUUAGGCUUUAGAAUACCUAAAGUUCUUACAAUUUUAAUAUUGGUUGCCAUAAAACUUUCUAAUAGACCUCAGGUAUCUUCAUGUGAUGUUUAAAUAGUUACUCUAGUGUCAUUCAGAUUCCUGUGCACUGGAAGUAGAAUCUGAGAAUCCGUGCAUCUCCUACAGUAUUUUGAAAUGGUUAAACCGUAGUAAUUGAUAGUUAUUACUGCUGCCCUUUUAGAAUUGUAAGAACAGCAUUUAUUUGUCCACAUAAACCUUUUAAUUGGUAAAGCAAAGGAAAGGAACCUAGACAUUAAAAAAAAAAAAUCCUUAUCUCAUCUGGAAUAGCCAAACUUAUUAAUAACUUCUCUCUCCCUUUUUAAAUAAGUCUUUUAAUUUUUUUAAUACAUGAAUUUUACUGUACCUACAUAUGAGUCUGCUUUGUAUUAAGAAUUAAAAGUAGUUUUAAUAGCAUAAACUACUGUUCAAGAAACAGUCUUUUUAUGGUAACUGUAACUCCAUGCAAGACUUAAACUUUUGGAAAAGAGUUCCUUUUACUAUCAAAGUCAAUCAGUCUGUACACAUCUGCAGUGUGUACAGAAACAUAAUAGUAUCCUACUGCAUACAUAUGCUAUUAUACAAAGUGGCAUAUCUUAUGUACUUCUAACUACAGUGAUUGACAUUUGUAGCAGGUUCCGGCUUAUAAACCACAAAGGAAAACAAUAGAGUAUUUCUGUUACGACUGUUGAAAACAACUACAUAAAUUAUUUUGGAAUAAUUAGAUAUACAUGGAUUGAGAAGCUGUAUGUCCGGCUUCUAAAAACUGUAACUUCUCAAUAAAUCUGUUGUUUGAUUUCA